CAAACGAUAGUAUCGUCAAACAUUUCACAGCUCUGAAAGAAAACAAAACUUGAAAAUUUUGCUGAAAAUAUAGAAAAAUUAGUAAAAACAAACAUAUUUUAUAACAAACUGCGUUAAUAAUGAGUGCGCCAGCCGCCCCUACGGGUAUACAGUGCACCGCAGGCGCGGUGCCUAUUAGAAAUGAAAAGGGCGAGAUUUCUAUGCAAAAGGUAAAGGUACAGCGUUAUAUAUCUGGCAAACGACCUGAUUAUGCACGCGCAGACUCCAGCUCAGACGAGAGUGACGAUGAUGAUUUCGUGGACAAUCGGAAGCGUUUGGAGCGACACAAAGCGGAGCGCCACAAACUUGAGCUGUCACGUCGUGAAAGCGGGGAUGAGAAGACAGCGGAGCAAGAGGAUGAGGCAGAGGUAGAUGAUCCACGUCUACGGCGUUUGCGCGCACGUCCAGUUGACACGGAAGACUUGGAGCGCGAACGCCGAGAACGUCACAGGCACAUUCAUGAGCCCGAAAUGGUGGAAAGCGCUAGCGAAGAUGAAGAACAAGUUCCUGACGAAAACAGUGAACAGCAGCGAAGAAUUGAACGUGCCACCAAUAAGAUUACUCUUGCAUCUGAAUCGGACACGGACUCCGAGCUAAGUGACACAGAAUUGGAGAAGCGUCGUUCAAAGUUGCGAUCGCGUAUGUUGCAGCAGCAGCGAGAAGAAGAGGUGCUGCAAAAAGAAGAUGAGAAGCAGUCGGAAUCAUCCGAGUCUGAGAGCUCCGAAUAUGAAGAAGAAACGGAGAGCGAAGAAGAGAACGAGCCUCGACUAAAGCCGCUCUUCGUGCGCAAGCGAGAUCGAGCGACCAUACAGGAGAAGGAACGCGAGGCUCAAAAACAGAAACAAUUGGAAGCCGAGGCCAAACGUGCUGCAAAAGAGAGAAGACGCGCCACAUUGCGCAUGGUGGAAGAGAGUGUAAAGAAGGACUUGGAAAAAAUAAAGCCAGAGACGAACGAAGCAUGCAUAGACGAUGUUUGCACUGCCGAUGAAAACGAUGAGGUGGAGUACGAGGCAUGGAAAUUGCGCGAACUGAAACGUAUGAAGCGAGAUAGGGAAGAGCGCGAUAACGCUGAACAUGAAAAACUGGAAAUCGAGCGCAUGCGAAAUCUCACGGAAGAGGAGAGACGCCAGGAGCUUCGGUCGAAUCCCAAGCUUGUGACCAACAAGGCAACCAAAGGCAAAUAUAAAUUCCUGCAGAAAUACUAUCAUCGCGGCGCAUUCUAUCUAGACGAAGAAAACGACGUGCUGAAGCGAGACUUCGCACAGGCCACGCUCGAGGAUCACUUUGAUAAGACUAUUUUGCCGAAGGUGAUGCAAGUGAAGAACUUUGGGCGCUGUGGUCGCACCAAGUACACGCAUUUAGUUGAUCAGGAUACCACGAAAUUCGAUUCACCAUGGUAUGCUGAAACCUCCAACAACAUGAAGUUUCAUAACGAACGCGCCGGCGGCAUGAGACAGCAAUUCGACAAGCCAACAGGCUCAAAACGAAAGAAGUUGGAAUAGUAAAAAUGACAAUUGUAAAAAAGUUCAAAAGUAAAUACAAAUUAGAAUAUAAUCUCCAAAUAUAAAUAACU